GCUCUUUCUCUACCGCAACGCUCCCGUCCCAGUCGGCUGCUUGGCGGUGUGCGUUCCCUUUUCCUGCUGUUCGAAGCCCCGCCAUGUCUUAUCCGACGGAGGAGUACGAAGAGGGCUCCUAUGAUCCAUAUACUUAUCCAGGGGAUUAUGAUAUGCACACAGGGGAUCCAAAACAGGAUCUAGCCUAUGAACGACAGUAUGAACAGCAAACCUAUCAGGUGAUUCCUGAGGUGAUAAAAAACUUUAUCCAGUACUUUCAUAAGACUGUGUCUGAUCUGAUUGACCAGAAAGUGUAUGAGCUGCAGGCCAGUCGUGUAUCUAGUGAUGUCAUUGACCAGAAGGUGUAUGAGAUCCAAGACAUCUAUGAGAACAGCUGGACCAAACUGACAGACAGGUUCUUUAAAAACUCACCAUGGCCCGAGGCAGAGGCUAUUGCGCCACAAGUUGGAAAUGAUGCCGUAUUCCUGAUUUUGUACAAAGAGCUGUAUUACAGACACAUCUAUGCUAAAGUCAGUGGUGGUCCAUCUUUGGAACAGAGAUUUGAGUCUUAUUACAACUACUGCAAUCUAUUCAACUAUAUUCUCAAUGCAGAUGGCCCAGCUCCUCUGGAACUGCCCAACCAAUGGCUCUGGGAUAUCAUUGAUGAGUUUAUUUAUCAGUUCCAGUCCUUCAGUCAGUACCGCUGCAAGACAGCCAAGAAGUCUGAGGAAGAGAUUGAUUUCUUGCGUUCCAAUCCCAAAAUCUGGAACGUCCACAGUGUUCUCAAUGUGUUGCACUCCCUGGUGGACAAAUCCAACAUCAAUCGGCAGCUAGAGGUCUACACUAGCGGAGGUGACCCCGAGAGUGUGGCUGGGGAGUAUGGCCGCCAUUCCCUGUACAAGAUGUUGGGAUAUUUCAGUCUCGUGGGUCUGUUGCGCCUCCAUUCGCUGUUGGGAGAUUACUAUCAAGCCAUCAAGGUUCUGGAGAACAUUGAGCUUAACAAGAAGAGUAUGUAUUCACGAGUGCCAGAAUGCCAGGUCACUACCUAUUACUAUGUGGGCUUUGCAUACCUCAUGAUGCGACGCUACCAAGAUGCCAUCCGUGUCUUUGCUAAUAUCCUCCUGUAUAUUCAGAGGACUAAAAGCAUGUUCCAGAGGACAACCUAUAAGUACGAGAUGAUCAACAAACAAAAUGAGCAGAUGCACGCCCUUCUGGCCAUUGCUCUCACCAUGUACCCUAUGCGCAUCGAUGAAAGCAUCCACCUGCAGCUCCGGGAGAAGUAUGGGGACAAGAUGCUGCGUAUGCAGAAGGGUGACCCCCAAGUGUACGAGGAGCUCUUCAGCUAUUCCUGCCCCAAGUUCCUCUCACCCGUGGUGCCCAACUAUGACAACGUGCACCCCAACUACCAUAAGGAGCCUUUCCUGCAGCAGCUGAAGGUCUUUGCCGAUGAGGUCCAGCAGCAAGCCCAGCUUUCUACCAUCCGCAGCUUCCUGAAGCUCUACACCACCAUGCCUGUCGCCAAGCUGGCCGGCUUCUUGGACCUCACCGAGCAGGAGUUCCGCAUCCAGUUGCUGGUCUUCAAACACAAGAUGAAGAACCUGGUCUGGACAAGCGGCAUCUCUGCCUUGGAUGGGGAGUUCCAGUCCGCUUCCGAGGUGGACUUCUACAUUGACAAGGACAUGAUCCACAUUGCGGACACAAAGGUUGCUCGCCGCUAUGGGGACUUCUUCAUCCGCCAGAUCCAUAAGUUUGAGGAGCUAAAUCGUACUCUGAAGAAGAUGGGCCAGAGACCUUGAAAGUCUCUUUGAAGCAGUUGUCAAGCUGCCUAGCUUUUUGUGUUCAGAGGGCAAGAGGAGAGAUGAGCUAAGAAUCCUGGAAUUUUCUAUUGCGCUCUGCAGUUUUUACUUGGAUAGCAGAUGGCUGAGCUCACACGAAGGACUAAGAAAUCUAAUUAAAUGAGUCAAAUGUC